AUGAAUACACCCGAGUCAGCUGGAAGGAUUGACACCUUCUAUAUGAAUUCCAAAUACUAUCAGGAGGCAUCGCUUUGGGAGCAACCAGAGACGGGAUGGAUGUCCUUCAACUACUGGUUCGGGCGUUCCUGGAAAGACAUCAGCAGGGCGCGUCCUAUAGACUCACCCCACGAUGACAAAGUGAUCAUUAUGCCUGCUGACUCGGUUUAUGAUGGGAUUUGGACUAUAGAGAAGGGCAAGGUUGAUCUCCAAUUCAAAUUCAAGGGUGUUGUUUACAAGUUGCCGAUCAAAGACUUGCUGCAAACCAAAGAGACUAUUUGGGACGAGGGACACUUCACACAUUCUUUCUUGAGUCCCGCGGACUAUCAUCGUCAGCAUAGUCCGGUGAGUGGCACAGUCAUUGAGGCGAGGGUUAUCCAGGGCCAGGUGUAUCUGCAUGUGGCCGAGAGUAGCAGGCUCCGUGAAGAUCAAGCCAUGAUCCGCGCCCCAGCAGAAAUCACACGCCGGCUAGGUAUGCGGAUUCAGUAUGAGUCUGAAGGUGAAGGGAAUGGGACUGAGAUAUUCGUAAACCUUGAUGCUCCAGACAGACCUGGUUACCAGUGGUGUCAAACCCGGGGGUUGAUUGUUAUCCAAACCGAGAAGUAUGGCAGGGUUGCCAUCCUACCUGUCGGAAUGGCCCAAGUGUCAUCUGUUGUUAUCUCGGUCAAGCAAGGGGAAACAGUUAAAAAGGGAGAUCAGAUAUCCUACUUUCAGUUUGGUGGCUCGGAUUGUGUGAUGGCUUUCGAAAAACGCGUUGAUUUCAAGUUCCCGAGGAAGACAAAAGUCAAUGUAAGAAAGCAGAUUGCCUCCUUCCUCAAGUAA